AUGAUCCAUGAGUCGAAGGGUGUUGAUGUGAAAAAGUCAUACGUACGCGUCAAGUACGCUGGCAAGGAACUUCGUACGCCCGCGAAGAAGACUGUCGGAGACACGGCCAUCUAUCAACACGACAUCUCCUUGCCUUUGGAUGCUGAAGCCAUGGAGUUGGAGAUUAUGGAAGACAAGAUGGGACCCGAUGCUUUCAUGGCACAGGGCGCUAUCCUGUUGCAGACUACCACCGCCAAUAAGUACAACGGCUGGGUUGUACUCGAGGGAAAACACAAGAGCGCCAUUAACCCCGCCGUGCGAAUCUCCUACACGAUUGAAGGUGUCUGUGGCUUAGGAGUGUAUGUUCAAGCAGACGUAGAGCAUCAAUGCGAGUUGCGGUUGUCUAUGCUUGUCAAACCAAAUGGUCCCUUGGACGGAGCUCUUGCACACCACGACGACUCCUCCAACUAUAUUCCGCUGUUUUUUGCGGAAACGACUUUAUUCCGUUUUUGUUCAGCGCUCGACCGAUUGGUCUGGGUUACAGUACCACUAAUAAUCCCAGCACUGGUUAUCCCGGCACUGGCCAAGGCGUUAGCACUGGAUAUCCCGCAAACAGUCCCACUGGUGGGUAUCCCAACGGCACCGCCGGCGGCUAUCACAUUCAUGGCGGCCCUCCAUCCCACGGCACCAACCAAGGCGGGUAUCCGUCCCGUGGACCCGGCCAAGGCGGCUUCCCGAGCAAUGGUACAAACCAAGGCGGGUAUCCGUCCCGUGGACCCAGCCAAGGCGGCUUCCCGAGCAAUGGUACGAACCAAGGCGGGUAUCCGUCCCGUGGACCCAGCCAAGGCGGCUUCCCGAGCAAUGGUACAAACCAAGGCGGGUAUCCAGCCAACGGCCACAACCAAGGCACCUGUCCGAACCGUGGCCCCCACCCCGGAGGCUACCCGAGCAAUGGUUUCAACCAAGGCGGCUACCCCAACAACAGUUUCAACCAGAACGGCUAUCCGAGCGGUGGCCAGAACCAAGGCGGGUAUCCGAGCUAUCCGGGCGGUGGCCAGAACCAAGGCACGUAUCCGGCCGGUGGCCAGAACCAAGGCGGGCAUCCGAGCUAUCCGAGCGGUGGCCAGAACCAAGGUGGAUUUCCGAGCGGUGGCCAGAACCAAGGCGGAUAUCCGAGCGGUGGCCAGAACCAAGGUGGAUAUCCGAGCGGUGGCAAGAACCAAGGUGGAUAUCCGAGCGGUGGCCAGAACCAAGGCGGGUAUCCGAGCGAUGGCCAGAACCAAGGCGGGUACUAUUAAUCUUAUGAUUCAUGAGUCGAAGGGUGUUGAUGUGAAGAAGUCAUAUGUUCGUGUGAAGUACGCUGGCAAGGAAUUCCGCACACCUGCCAAGAAGACUUCAGGAGACAGUGCCGUCUAUCAACACGACAUCUCCUUGCCUUUGGAUGCUGAAGCCAUGGAGUUGGAGAUUAUGGAAGACAAGCUGGGACCCGAUGCUUUCAUGGCACAGGGCGCAAUCGUGCUGCAGACGACGACCGCCAAUAAGUAUGCUGGCUGGGUGGUGCUUGAGGCAAAACAUAAGAGCGCCAUUAACCCCGCCGUGCGAAUCUCCUACACGAUUGAGUAG